AUGCAGCUGCACCGGACGUUUUACGUCGGCCGCCUCAAGAAGUACCAUCCAUCCGCAAUCCCGAACGUUCACACGUCUAUGGAUAGUACGCCGACAUUCCAGCGAGACGGGCCUCUGCCACUGAUUGACGCUUCACGUUGGAUCGUUGAGCAAAUUGUCGACCACGACACACAUCAGCUCUGCGGUGCUCGCGGUGGUCAACCCGGAGAGUCACCACGAGCACCCAAUGAUGACUACAACCCACGCGAGCGACAAAGCAGGUUGUCGUGGGACAUCGACGAUGUUAUGCCCAUGAUCCUGCCUGCUCUGACGCUGACAAUCGACGAGGCGCUUCACAAGGAUCCAGCUGCGUCUCGGCAACCUGGCCACUGCCAGCGCCGGUCCGCGAGGAUGAUUUCCAAGCUGUUGUUCAAUACCGUUGCUAACGCGAGGUUGAAAAAUCUAAAUGAGCGCAAGCGCGCGACAUCACCCAUGAACCACUUCCGGGUCGACAAUUGUGCUUGGUAG